UCGCUGACAGUGCGCAGAAGGUUGGUGGACCGUCUGAUCGAAGAGAAAGAGAUUUUGUCAGAAACAUUUUGUUUCUGAGAAAUAUAUGAAUGCAUAUUCGAUCAGUUUGCAUAUUUCUUUCAAAAUCAACAUCUUAUUGAAACGAAAUGGUUGAAACUAAAACAAUUUCUAACAACCUCUGUACAGUUACGAAGACGAAAUCUGACGCAGUGUUCGAAUCUGGCGAUUCGAGUAGGCAGACGAAAAUUCAACGUAUGCUGCACAAGUUGAGGUCGACCACAGUGAAAGGAAUGACAAAAAUAAAAGGACAUCGUAACUCACCAGUAGCAUAUCCAACAACAGCAAGUCAUGUCUGUGAACAACAUGAUGAUAUCUUAGAUGAAGCUGACCUUCCUCACUGCCCAUCCCAAAACCUUUUUGAGAACGUGAUUGAGAAGACCCAGUGGAAAGACCUGGUCAGUCUGAUUAAACAUGCGCUUUCUUCUGUGAGGGAUGACAAGUUGGGGUAUGAGAUGCUGAUUCCAUGCGGUCUAGUAAUGUGCAUAGCAAGGGAUAUCAUGGCUUCAGCUCGCAAGGAGCCAUGUGGACUGAGAGGAUGUGUCCUGUUCAUAAACCUAGAGGACAAAAAUAAGUGCCAGAAUCUUGUGAAACUAGACUGUGACCCAACUACUGUAUCAACAUUUGAACUGUACUUGACCCUAAAGGAGGAUACAAGAGGAUGGUGCAAGUUAAAAAAGUUCUUCAUUUUUAUGAGUGGGUACCUAGAUAAAAAGAAAACUUUAGAUCUGAAGCUUCUGUGUUCUAGAUAUGGUCUUGAGAAGAAGAAACUGUACAGGCUUAAUAAUUAAGAUGUUCAAAAUACCUGAAUGGACAUCUUAAUUACAUGACCUUUCAUGGUGUUCAAAAUAUAAGUUUCAUAUUUCUAAUUUCUAAACAUUCCCUGUUGAAAUGCAAAGAAAGAUUUUCCUGGUAUUGUGAUAAUUUAAUGUAUACAAUAAGGCAUGUGAUAUUGGUCAUUCAACCUAUUGUGUUCAAUGCAAAAAAAAAGGGUGUGCUAAAGGAGCUUACCUGGGUUUAUAUAAAUAGAGAGAAUUAGUGAUAGUAACAAUUCUGAGAGAUCAAAGUGUGAUAUAUAAAGAAGAGAGAUUGGUGUUGUGGGUGCGAGAUAUGAUUAAAUAGUUGACAUUAAUGGAACUAAAUUUUGUCCCAGAAGUGUAGAUGCUGAAUACAAUUAAGGCCUGGGUUGGCAGAUUUGGGAGGUGAAGUACCUUUCAGCGUGAAUGAGGAGAUGAGUUAACCCUCUGAUGCAAGCUUGCAUUGCUGCAGCAUCAAUCUUGCAUUUUACAUUAUAUUAAUAAAGGGAUAUAACAGGAUGAGAGGAAAAUAAUCAUUCACCCCCUUGAAGGAGUGUAAAGGGGAUCUUGAUUCCUCGGGGAAAGAUUCUCAAGUUGUCAAAUACUGUGCAAGCUUGGUGUUUGUCAACUUAAUAAUAUUGUGCUUGGAUUAAUCUCUGUCUCUACCUGAAGGGGGUGAACAAUUCUGUAGUCCCAUUUUAGUGUAGAUUACAAAUACAUGAACAAAGUUGACAGAGAUAAAUUCUUUCCCUGUGAUGUGGAUUAUGAAAAACCCAGAGAGUAGUAAAUUAUAAUUUUGUGUGCAUGAUAGUCUGAUGAAAAUCAGUUAGUAAUUGAGAUGUGAGAAUGUAAGGAAUUAAAUUUAUAUUUUUUGGACAGUUAGGUGAGAAAUGACAUCAGUGAAAUUUAAAGUUAUGCCAUGAAAACUGGUAUCAAAUGCCAUGUUUAUUUAGUGCUUUCAAAAAAUGUAUCAAAAUACAUGAACUUCUAUUAUCAGUGGAUAUACUUUAAUCCUGUAAACAAAGACUAAUUGUAGAACAUGUCAGACAGCUGACUUGGUAUACAAGUCAAAUUAAUCCUCUGGUGCUCAUUGAUUAACAUUAAAACUGUGUAGAUUCAAUAUUAUUAUUGAUCUGGUGAAACAAAAUCUUGUUCAUUUGUAUAUCAAUUAUAUUUUAAUGUGCCAAAUGUGGAAUAUUAUAUGUCUAAAAUUACAAAUACAAAAUACUAAAAUCACACGUUGUGUGUUCAAUAUGCAUCAUAUGCCAGUAUUAUUUUGAUAGGUGAGAUUUUUUAGAUUCUAUGAUAUUAAUAAUAUGAUAAUUUAUUUUAUCUGAGUGCCACACAUUUGUUCAAACAUGCAUAGGUAAAAUAGAUAUAUAUAAUUAUAUUUCAUUAAAUCUAUAGCAGUUGCUUGUUUAAUUGUUUGAUUCUGUUCAGAUGUUUUGUAUUAUGUGCUUAAAUACAUUGGUUCCAUGCUUCAUCAAUAAUAAUCAUAUAGAAAUUUUCAGGGGUAGCUUUCAGAAAGAAAUAUUCUUUUAGAGUUGUAAAUUAAUCAAUUGAAUCUCAAUGUGGUAGAGUAAGGUGUGAUAAUUUUGUGAAGUGAAGGCUUUUAAUUAAUGAAAAAUGUGAUAUCACGUACUACACAAAUGAAUAAUAUAUUAUCAGAUAUUGUACAAUAAUGAGGAGUAAUCCAACAAUGUGAUGAUAUUGUUAAGUUCUGAUUUCUUAUGAAGUAAUUAACUGCAUGCCCAAGUUUCCUCUGGUCCCUACCUUUGAUGGUUGACAAUUUGACAGACAGAUGUCUUGUGUCUCGACAAACAUUUGACCUUCAAAAUGUUUAACUUAUAGAAAACUUAGGCUAUGAAGCUCUAGUCUUACUAUUGAAUUAUAUGUCCAUACAAGAGCACUUGGCUUGUGGUUUCACUGUAAUGUAUUUGGUAAAUAUUGAAUACUGGUAAAGCCUAAAAUGUGAAAUAAAUACGCAAUCUUUUCUGUACAUUAUACAAGAAUGUUAGUCAUUCCUAGAAUAGUAAAUCAUUCAGCUUAUAUGCCCCACCCUACCAUUUUUGCCCCCUGGGCUUGUUGCAGUAUCAUUACAAUACUCUCUUUUGAGGACAUGGAGAUGUGAACUUGCUGAAAGUGAAGUAAAAUUUUCAAUGUUGGUUUUCAUGUAAUAUGUUUAUAUUAUAUAUCUUCCCUAUUGUACAAAAAAAAUCUGCUUUCUUGUAAACUUCCAUUUUAAGAUAUUACUUUUAUAGGUGGUUUACUUGACCUUAUCAGUAUGUAAUGCCAUUACAUUGUAAUUCCAACUGUUUUAAAUAUUAAUUUAAGGUGACCCAAAUAAAGUCUUGCAGGACUUGAUCUUUUGCAAUGGCCUUAAUUAAGUCUGCUGUGUUGACAGAUUUUAGUACUUUUUUGCAGAAAUUUUACAUUAUGGCUCAUGGAUAAACAACGAUAAUAAAGAACUAAUUCCAUGGCCCCUACCUUCCUGGGUUCUUACCUGGUAAGGUCAAAAGGGUGUAGUUUUUGCUGUAAUUUCAACAGUCUACUCGCACCAAGGAAUGACAUAAUCAUACAUUAUACAUAUUCUCUCUGAAUUUGAGAAAAGAAAAAGAAAAUAUCUUAGUAUUUAAUUCUGGGCAUACUUGUGUGCUGAAAUAAUUGGAAAUUGGAAUCAUAAAUAUGGGAUGAUAUUUAUGAACAUUGUUACCUUAGGUCACUCCAAGGGGUUGAGGACCCAAAGGGAUCAAAUUAUUUGAUUAAAUUCAAACAACCUUAAUAGCCAUGCCAGGUAUGAUAGAAUCAAAUACUUGUCAUCUUUAUUCAGCAUAAUUUAUCAGUAUUUUGUUUUCAAGAGUUUGCAGCUGAGGAAUAAUAUUUGUGUUGGUCAUAAUACAUUAGUUUGACAUUUAUCUGCUGCAAAAUUCAUAAGAUUUUGCUAUACAUUGGGAUAACAUGUACAAGAGUUUUUACAACGUUUAAAUAUAAUUUCUACAUUGUUGUGACAACAACAAUAGCCUUCUAUUGUAUUGAAUCUGAGUGGGCCUCUUGUUUUAAGAAGAUGGUCCUUUUAUGAAGACCGACCCUGAUUUUUUUGAAGGACUGAGCAAUAUAUAAUUAUAUAUAAGUGUGACAACAAAAUUCAAAACCUAUGAAUGACAAUAUCUUUAUAACUUCUUUUCAUUUCUUGUUUUAAAUAUGUUCCAUUUUUGGUGAUUUUGAUAUCAUCAAUGUUGAAUUUCAGAAGGCAUUAAAAUUACAGAUACAUUUAGUCAAUUAGUGGUUCAUUAAAAAGAAAAGUUGUUUUGAAUCGCAUGAAAUUGUCAAUGUUUACUUGAAAACAUUUCACUGGAUAUAUCUUAUGGGCUGGUUGAAAUGUCAAAACCUUGUUUGCAGAAAUGUUUAGCUUACAAGAUUGCCUCAUAUUUCAUGAACGUUUUGUUGCAUAUCGCAUUGCUUAAUUCAAUUUACAUCAAUGGAAACUUACACUAAAUAGCAAGUUAUUAGAUACUAUAAACUUACUGUAAUGAUUACUUUCUUAUGAUAUGAAAAUUACUGUUUAUUUUCUUGUGAUAGAAACAAAUUGAACAAUUGUAUAUAUUUUUGUGCAAUAAAAUCUUGUUAUCAUUGAAA